AUGUACAAAACUUUCCUUACUGUGUUUCUUCUGAAAUUUGAAAUUUCUUCCAGUUGUAUACCCACACAAAAUGUGGACCCAUUUCCUUGCAAAGUGUGUUCAAAAAUCUACGAUUCCUCGUGUGUUGGUGACGAUGGCUCCUAUGGUGGAUGGUGUGUACCCGCUGAUGAUGUUCCUGUAACUUAUACACUUGGCAAUCCUCCAGCUAUCGGUUUCGCCACUUCCACGGACUGCUGGACUGAUUUGACAUGUCCCUCCGGAACUACUAGAGAAUUUCUCAUAGAUGGGAGUAUUCCGUCUGAAGGAAACCCAUACGGUGCACAAACGCUUGCAUACUGUGAAGAAUCUGGACCCGCUGCUGGUGUUUGGCGUAUCUGGGUCGCGGAUGAUCACGAAAUCACAAAUAUGAGAUGUGUGGGAUGA